CAGCAGAGACCAAUCAAACAGUCAUUUUGUGGAUCAUUAAGACGUGAUGCUCAUUGGAAGUGUUUGAUUUUAACGUUACUAAUCUGUGGUUGUCUGGCGUCGGUGGCUUGGUGUCGUUUGGCUGUGGUAGAAACAGUGGUGGUAGAUUUUUAUACUUUACCAUCGUCGUAUGUUGAUGAUAAAACGAGUCCGUGUAAUGACGGCUACAUUUAUAUACCCGUAGCCUUUGUUAUUAUGUUGUAUUUAGUGUAUCUUGUAGAGUGUUGGCACAGCCAUACGAGAAUAGAACUUCAAUAUAAAGUUGAUAUUAAUUCGGUGUAUGAUCGUGUCACCAGUAUGAAAGACGCCAUACCGAUAAUCUGGUGGAAAGCAAUUUGUUAUCAUUAUAUUCGUCGAACUCGGCAAGUGACACGAUAUCGUAAUGGGGAUGCUUUUACCUCAACGCAAAUUUAUUAUGAAAGGGUGAAUUCGUGCACUGCUGGUUCAGCCUUUAAUUUCUCUCAAUGUGGCGUUAAAGAUAUUUCUAAGAAAUUGUGUGGAUUAGCUGAUUAUCCGGCAACUAAAAUCCGUUUUUCUAAAGGCUUUUCAUUUGCUACUAUUGAUGCGGAAUGUGAAUUUGAGGAUCAACGAGCUCAAUUCUUCCAGGACUACGAAUCGCGUGAUGAUUAUAUGGAAGGCCGUGAAGGCAUGGACUUAUUAAACGUUAAUUUUAAAGAAUAUAUGAUAGCGUUCGCUGAUCCCGAUAAUCUUCCUUGGUAUGUUUCUCAUCUAAUAUUUUGGAUUGCCUCUUUCUGUCUAUUAUCGUGGCCUCUUAGGGUUAUAAUUGAAUUUAAAACUGCUCAUCUUCAUUAUCACGUACAUAAAUUAUUUGGAGUAAAUUAUGUGGAUACUGAAACUAUGCCAAGACCAAUAUCUCGAUAUACUAUUAAUAGUACUGAUUUAGAAAUGAAUAUAAGAAACAAUAAUGUGAUGGUACCUAGUUAUUCGGAAGCUAUAUUAAUGGAC